CUUUCCUUUUUUUCCUCCUUUUUUUUUUUUUUUUUUUUUUAAUAUUGACAGGGGAAGGCUUUCACUUUCGCGUCCCUCCAGCGAGCGCCCUUCGGCCGGCGGAGCAGCCCCGGGGCGAGCGAGCGGCCCGGCAGGCUCCCGGCCCCGGUGUCCGCCCGCGGGGCCCACACGCCCAGCAGCUCCGCUCGGCCGGGGAAGGGCUGCGUGGUGGAGCUGAGCCCCAGGUGGUGUGAAGCGGGCUGGACUAAAGCGCGUCCUGCGCAGGUCGCGCAGAGGAGAUCGGACCGGUGAAGCCAAGCGUUCUUUGGCACCGUCUUUGGAGCAGGGGGAAAACAGUGGAAUGGGCAAAGCUAAAUUCGUGGACGGCGAGCUACAUCUAAGUCCAUAUGCAAAUGGGUUCUUCUAAAAUCACAGCUGUUCCUUCUCUGUCUCUUCACGAGUGCCACUGCUCAGGCAAAAGUUUUCUCCGUAGUUCCUGCUAUCCAGUUUUCCUAUUUUGCACCACUCCUCUGCUGUGUCUCCAGAUUACCUUGUCAUGUUUACUUACCCGUUUUUUCUGAGUUGCAGCCACUGCAUGUGUGACAUCCCUUGGCUCUAAGUUUGUGGUUAUCUUCGUAUUAUUUAUCCUUAUCUUGUUUAUUCUGAAAACUUUGUAAAUUUCAGAUUACCCUAAUGUCACAAAGUUAAAAAUUUAGAGUUUCUACUGUUGGUAGGCCCCAAAUUUCACCUGUAGCAAUAAAGGAUAAAAGAUUGUACUUCUCUGUCCACAACUGAGGUCUGAGACACAGUUGUCAUUCAACAGUAUUCAAAGGAUGCUAGUGUUGUUUUAUUUUUUAUUGUUUGGGUUUUGAUGGGUUUUUUGUGUUGGCUUUUUUUUUUAAGAUUGCUUGUCCUUGGCUCUCUGAUGCUCACAGGUCUUUGCACAGUCUUUUGGAAGAAAGAAACUGCUGUCCCAGACUCAAGACAGGAAUACAGAGUCUUUAAAAACUGGUGUUUCCAGUGCUAUUUUUCAAGCUUUUUUUGUAGAGUCCGUACUGGGAUUUUUUCAAGGCCAUGGAAUCUGCCUAAACGUGUACCUGAAAUGUAGCGUAGGCAAGAAAUUAAUUUCCUUGACCCGAUGCUUAGUUCAUUUCCAGCUUUUUUAGGAAGGAGGAACUUGCGAUGUGUUUUGUAUUAUUAGCCUCUGCUCUGUUUCAGUGGUUUUGGUUCCUCAAAAAAAAUGACCAUCAUAUCUUUUUUUUUCUGUGCUCCAAUUUGCAGUAUUGCAGAUGAUGCUGCCUUGUAGCUGUGCAAAGUCACAAUGUGAUCUUUCCUCUUUUUCCUUGUGUAUUUAGCUUAUCAGUAAAAAUAAUUAAUGUGAUUAGUAUUUAUUGUUCUCUCUGGUUGUUUGAGAGGAAUGAGGCACAGCUGGGACUUAUGAACAAUUGUUUCAAGCUUUCUGCAUUUCAUGGACAGGGAACUCUAUAUGCUUUCGGUUUUCAUGUGCUUUUCGCAUUUUUGAGAUUAUCUUCAGUUAUGAGAGGCAGAAUCUUAAAACUGAUGCGAAGCUAAAACAGCAGACUUGUCCUUUUAUGCCUGUAAAUUCUGCAUCGUUGACCUGUUGUGAGUUGGCUCGGCUUGAAACCAGCUGAAGGCGUUUUGGCAGGCCAUGCCAUAUAUGUUUACUUUAUGAUAUAUUCUACUUUCGAUAAAGGGCUUGAUAAAGAAUAUUUGCAGGAAUGUUAGUUUUACUCUUGCACUUUUCCUUAAUACUUUUCCUGCUUGGGUGACAUUGUUCUUGGUAAUGCUGAGGGUGAGGUGUAAAGGCAAAGUGAAUGAAGAAGCCAAGACUGAAAUUAAAGUGGAGGUGAUAGUGUGUCUGAUGCCAACUGUUUCUUAGUGAAGAUGCGUUUCUUGUAAGGUAGUUCCUGUUCUGUCACCUGGGAGUAGGGAAAGAGAUCCCCAUGAGAUACUUCUGGUAACAUGCACUACUGUGACUGCAGGGCAAGAAACUGUACAGAUUGCAUAAAGUAGCAGCAAACAUCACCUUGCUAGUCUUGACUGAAGAAACUGGGGCUUCCCUGUUUUUCCCAAAGCUCUGAAGAAGCUUGGAUUUGAAUCAGCUGCCAGCAGCUGCUCCUUUCCCAGGCUCUUCUCUGUUGUUGCUAAAAUGUCUGAUCCUGAUGUUGUUAGAAUUUGCAACUACUAGGUAACUUACUGCUUUUUUGCCUAUCAUUUAAAAUUUACCCUUUUCUCUGUUGGUCAUCUGCUCAUUCAGCAGCUUGAAAAUGCUGACCAAGGUGCUCUUCUUGUUUGUCACUGUAAUUUCAAAGGGUCUUUUGGAGUUCUGCAUCUUUGAGCAGUUUUUGGUUUCUCCAAUCCAUUACGAGUUUGGGGUGUCACCUGUACAUGUAUACUGUGCCAUAAGCAAUAAGGGUUUUCUUACAAAAUCUAACCUAGCACAAAUUGAUCCUGUAACUGAAGCAAAAAAGGCAUGGGCAAGAAUAUUUCUAAAUGCUCCCUCUUUGCAUUUGAAUCACUGGCCUGAGGCUAUUUGUACAGUUCUGACUGGCCAAAAGUGCUUCAGAAACAUUUAGUUGAAUCUGUCUCCUGCCGUUUCCUUUGGAUUAUAAGCUAAAUACAACAAUGUAGGUGGAAACUUUUCAAAACAGUUUCUAGACCUAAAAUAAACAUUUAGGAGAGCAUCUCAAAAACAAUUGAGUCGCUACCCAGUUCUAAACUGAAUGCAGCUGAAAAGGAGUUUUAUUUAAGACAAUGUAAGUCUCAGACAUAAUUUCUUUAAUUGCAGGGAAGAUGAAAAGGAAAUUUAUUUUUGGAGUGGAAAAAGUGUGGUUGAAACUCUUUAUUUUAUUGGGUCUAUCUGGAAAUGCUUUGAAAACUCCACACCUCUUGAUGACCCCACCCCCAACAGUUACUUAACCUGUGAGAACAAAUGGGAACCUUUUUAAGGUUUUCACCAAAGCAUAUGGGUUUGCAAUUUCAGAUAUCUGUUGAAAGUAACUUUUUCUGAAACCUUGCAUUCUCAUCCACUUGGAACUAACUUCACAGAAGGCUUAUUUUUCUAACAACUGGGAUAAGCACUAAAGUGUGCAUGGGUAUUAGAAAAGCCUCAUUUAUGAUCAUAUUUUUAAGGCUGUCCUUUUGUUAGGAAUAUGGUCCUUACAAGGAGGGAAGGGCAUCUUUGUUUAUCUCUCUCUCUCUGAAAAGGUUUUGUUUCAUCAGAUUUCGCUGCCUAAACCAGAAAGCAUGAGAAAUGUGCAGGUCAUUGGUAGCCAGGCUGUAAGGUGUUGAAUUCUCUCAAGGCAGGCUUUACCUAGUAUUGUGAUAGGAAAAAAAUCCCUCUUGCUUAGUUCUGCUUUAUUUGAAGCCUUUUAGGUUAUCUAAACUUCUGUGUAAAAUCGAUGGCUAUUGUGAAGGAUUGGUGGCAGUCAGGAACUACUCAAUGGCAAGGGAGCUAUUGCAUUCAUCUUCCUUUAUUAUAAACCAGGGGCUAAAAGCCAGCAGUGAACUCCUUUUGCUUUUGAGAUACUACCAAGUGGUGUUUGUGAGGAUGGCUCUCAAAAUAUAUAUAUUAAAAAAAAAAACUUAAAAAGAUUAUUUUUUCUUUUUAACCUUUGUAGGAGAUAAGCCUAGAUAGAUGGAGCCAGGUGACAAAGGAAGAAGGCUCUGCUUUUGUUGUAAUAUCCCUGGGUUUUUUUUCUGGGGACUUAACCUGAGCAAAGUGCCAGAAGUCUGGCUCUAACCUUUAAGUUCAGAUGAUAAGCUUUUGCUUCCUGGACUACACAAAUAGGUUUGCUAUAUAAAGCAUUAUGUUUAUGAGAUUUCCUUCUCUGUAUGUUAAUUUCUCAUUUCCCUCUAUGUUCUGGAGUUGUUUUGUUGGUUGGUCAAUCAAAGGAACCAGAAAAAUGAUUGAAGAAUACUCAAACUACUACAGUAAAAACAGGAGGAGGAAAAACAUUCCCUUUUUAUGAACUAUUUUUAACAAAAACAAAUGCUUUAGCUCACCACUGCACUUUUAGUCCAGAAUCUUAUUUUUGAUUCCUCAGUGAAAUUAGUAGAAUUGGGGAGCAAAAUAUCUUCAGGGAUCUGAUAAAAAGUCUCUAGGUACGCCUUAGUACUGAGAGGCAAAUGCCUGAAGGUUCUAUUUCAUACUUCAGUAAUGAAUUUGUUUGACUACAGCAAUGAAAAUACUGAGCUGUUUGUUUUCUAUCAGUAUUAAUACAACUGUGGAGUAAGCUGAUCUUAGCUUGUGCUUACACAGUAAGAGCCUCAUCAUCUCUUCCUUUUCUUUUGAGGUCAUGAAACGCGUACGCACAGAACAGAUUCAGAUGGCAGUGUCCUGCUACCUCAAGCGCCGUCAGUAUGUGGACUCAGAAGGUCCCCUAAAACAAGGGCUGAGGCUGUGUCAGACUGCUGAAGAGAUGGCAGCUAAUCUCACAGUCCAAUCUGAGUCUGGUUGUGCCAACGUUGUGUCUGCAGCUCCCUGCCUGGCAGAGCCACAGCAAUAUGAAGUACAAUUUGGACGAUUACGCAAUUUUCUCACAGAUUCAGAUUCUCAGCACAGCCAUGAAGUGAUGCCUCUUCUAUAUCCCCUCUUUGUCUACCUCCAUCUGAACAUGGUCCAGAAUGGCCUAAAAAGCACAGUGGACAGUUUUUACAGCCGCUUCCAUGGCAUGUUCUUGCAGAAUGCCAGCCAGAAGGAUAUCAUUGAACAGUUGCAGACUACCAUGACUAUUCAAGAUAUCCUGUCCAACUUGAAGCUCCGGGCUUUUCUGGACAACAAGUAUGUCAUCCGCCUUCAAGAGGACAGCUACAACUACCUUCUUCGCUACCUCCAAAGUGACAACAACAACGCCCUGUGCAAAGUCCUGACCUUGCACAUUCACCUGGAUGUGCAGCCUGCCAAGAGGACUGACUACCAGCUCUAUGCCGGCGGGAGCUCCUCGCGCAACGAGAGCAACGGCCUGGAACCCAGUGAUGUGCCGGCUUCCAUUCUGCAGAAUGAGGCAGCGCUGGAGUUACUGCAGGACAGCAUUAAACGUGUCAAGGACGGGCCCCCUUCCUUAACGACCAUCUGCUUCUAUGCCUUCUAUAACACAGAGCAGUUGCUGAACACGGCAGAGAUUUCACCAAACAGCAAGCUGCUCGCUGCUGGGUUCGAUAAUUCGUGUGUGAAGCUGUGGAGCCUGCGUUCCAGGAAGUUAAAAUCUGAGCCCCACCUUGUUGAUGUGUCCCGCAUCCGUCUGGCUUGUGACAUCCUGGAUGAGGAGGAGGAAGAGGAUGACAGCGCAGGCACAGAAAUGAAGAUCCUGAGAGGACAUUGUGGACCUGUGUAUAGCACAAGGUUCCUUUCAGACAGUUCAGGACUCUUAUCUUGUUCUGAGGACAUGUCCAUCAGAUACUGGGACCUCGGGAGUUUUACAAACACUGUGUUGUACCAAGGGCACGCCUAUCCUGUCUGGGAUUUGGAUAUUAGCCCCUGCAGCCUGUACUUUGCCAGUGGUUCCCACGAUCGCACCGCAAGGCUCUGGUCGUUUGAUCGGACGUACCCGCUGCGAAUAUACGCAGGCCAUUUGGCAGACGUAGACUGCGUCAAGUUCCACCCCAAUUCCAACUACUUGGCGACGGGCUCCACGGACAAAACUGUGCGCUUGUGGAGCACUCAGCAGGGCAACUCAGUGCGUCUUUUCACCGGGCACCGUGGCCCUGUGCUGGCGCUUGCGUUCUCUCCCAACGGUAAGUACCUGGCAUCAGCGGGCGAAGACCAGCGGCUAAAGCUGUGGGACUUGGCAUCAGGAACUCUUUACAAAGAACUGAGGGGGCACACGGACAACAUAACCAGCCUUACUUUUAGCCCUGACAGCAGUUUAAUUGCUUCAGCGUCGAUGGACAAUUCAGUUCGGGUCUGGGACAUUCGGAACACUUACUGCAACGCCCCUGCGGAUGGGUCUUCCAGUGAACUGGUUGGUGUAUAUACCGGACAAAUGAAUAAUGUACUGAGCGUACAGUUUAUGGCCUGUAAUCUUCUUCUAGUGACUGGAAUUGCACAAGAAAAUCAGGAACAUUAAUUUUUCUUUUUUUUUAGGGAAGUGGGUGGGUGUAUUGAAUGUCAGAGUCCAUUGCAAGCUGAGAUUACUGACUGUGAAACACUUUUCUUCCUUUGCCCCUUGAAAGGCAUGUUCAGAGUAAUGCAAAUGCUUUAAGAUGUCACAAAAAGCCUGUGCUGUUGAACAGAAUAAGGAAAAAAGGAGAAGUGAUGAAAAUACAUAUACAUUCUAAUCUUGUACUUGUAGGAAUGGGAAAAUCCAGUAGCUUGGGGAAACCAAAAACUUGGUCCAGACAAAUGAAACUGCCAACCAGAUAAGCUGCUGACCUGCACUUAAAUAUCCUGCAUUGAUUGAUGGGCACGUUACCUACUGUUAAGUGAGGCUCGAGUGUGUGGAGAACUACUGGCCCAGUGUUUUUUGUUUUGUUUUGCUUUUGUUUUCCUGGUAUUGCAGAGGACCAGCAUUUUUAAGACUCUUCUAUUAAAAGAACAUGGUGUAUUUUCUACAGUGAUAGUGGUCCUAAAUAUUACAGCUCCUUAUAGCACUUCUGGAAUAUUUUGGACUAAGUAAGUAGAAAAUACCAUUGUUCUUUUUUGUAAGGGGAUGGAAAUCUGACCUCAGUUGGGGCCCAUCUCUGCAUUGUCAUUUGGGUUUGGUUCCUGAUUUUAGCUGUGAUACUUGUAUUUAUGUUCCAUUAAUUAGGAAAUUUUCUGACUCUGGUUGCACUGUGUUUUGAGGAUUGGAGGACAGUGGGGGAGAGCGGUGGCUUUAAGGGUAAUAAACAACUUGCCUUGUCUGGAAGGAGGGCACAAUAGAAAUUAAGUAGCUAAGUUUGGACUCCUAAUGGAAACAGGGCAUGUCAAUCCACCACUGCACCUCACAGAAAUAUUUCCAUAAAUGGAAGUUGGCAGUCUAGGGAGAGGGGGAUGAAGAGAGACACACAAAGUGACAUGGGAAAAAAUAGUAUUACUAAAUUAUUGUGUGUACACAGAGGCAGCUCUGCCAGUGUUGGAUUUUUCUCAAAUGUUGCAAUACCGGUUUCAUGAACACUUUGUGAGAUAAAUCAUCAGCAUUUACAACAAGGGUCUGCGGAAAAAGCACGUUCUAGUUUGUCAUUUGGAGAGAUUAAAUAUUUCUGCUUUCUGGAAAGA